CCUUCCUUCCUUCUUAACUCACCUGGCAGGCUGGGAAGAGGGCGAGCUGCGAGAGAAGAAACACAUUUCCUCGCCUCAAAACCAAACAAAAACGUUCCCACGAGCUGUCACACCUUACAAUGUGAACUCGCGACCUGUUUGUUUAAGAGGAAUUGUUGCCUUUUUGAACCACAUCUGGGACGUUUAUGCUGACAGUUCGGUUUCAUUAUUAAAAGUUGUAGCUUAUUGAUACUUCCGGGUUAGGACUGCUUCCAUUUGGAACUGGCAGUAAGAAGCAAGCAUGGACAUCGAGCUGCAGACCAAGACUAAUGGAGCAACAUAUUUGUCUAAAGAACAGGUGCCCGCAGGUAACGGAGAUGGUGCGGCCUACAGAAUCACUGAAGUAGGAGAGGAAGACGGGUUGCUUUCUGCACAGACUUCUGGUUGUAAUGGGGGGACAGUGGCCUCUGACCAUGCAGUGGAAACUCAAAUUAAUCUGGAAAAAAUCCACACUCCUCAAGAGACAAGUGCCGUGUGCAGGAUAAAGGGAGAGCUGAAUGAGGUUAUCUUCUGGAGAGUCAAACUGUGGAUGGCCAUCAUCAUCUUAUUUUUCUUCAUCUUUGCUGUGAUUAUCAUGUCAAUGCUUCUGUGCUCAGUGAUUCAUGAGGACAAGGAUGAGAUCUUUGAUCCCUCAACGUUUCAAGUUCCUCAGUGUUUCAAUGGGAGCUUUCAGCUGCCCAAUCUGGUCUUUACAGAGGAACUUUUCACCAUGUCCUCCAACGAGAGCCAAACACUCGCCGGUGAACUUCGAGAAAAGCUGGCUGACCUCUACAGAUCCUCCCCUGCUCUCGGACGAUACUUCUCGAAAGCAGACAUAUAUGCUUUCCGGAACCAGUUGCUCCUGGCUGACUUCCAGCUGACAUUUCUCAUGCCUGCAGAACACCAGGAUCAGCUGAGGAACAUAACUCUGAGCAGGAAGAUGGUGUACAACGUGUUCAGACAGUUUCUAUAUGACCAGGAGCCAGAUGAGUCAGGGCAGAUGUACAUAGAUCCAGUUUCCCUAAAGAUGUUUUUAAAACACUAGGAACACAUGUUCUAAUCCGUACAGGGAAUUCUGUUCUUUUUUGUCAUUUAAGUGAAACACUGAGCAAACACUUAACCCUCUACAGUGAGAUGGUUGCUUGAAGCAUAUGAUUCUCAUACGUGCGUGUGAUUUUCCCACAUGUCUGUAGAAAUGUUGCAAAUGCUGCAGCUUGACCACAUAAACCUACAGUACAUAGCCACAGUCACACAAUCCCCUGUAGGUCAUGCUGUGUGUGUGAUCUCAUGGUGUGCUAGGGUGCUUUGAGACUGUUCCUUUUUUCGAAAUCAAUCAACUGUGCCUGGAAAUCUACUGUCACUCUGAUAUUGAUGUUUAUAUUUGUAUUGUGCCUUGUUUAACUGCACGUUUAAUUGAAAGAAUAUUGGUAAAAAUGUCAGUGCUGUAAUUAUUGAUGUUCAUUCCCUGUGAAAUCAUACGACCGUUUGUUCAAAGCCUGUGGUUUUAUACAUGUUUUUUUAUAUAAAUACAAGUUUUUAUAUUUGCAUAGCUUUAUUUUCAUGACAUGAUUUGCAAAUCAGAACUGUGGAAUAUUUUUAGCAAAAUCAGCUUGAGAGAACUGUACAGGUACACUAUGCUGCUUGUGUGGUAAUUGUAUAAGUAAAGCUGUUCAUGGCCUAAUACAACUAUAUUUUCUAUUCACAAAGAAGUGACCUGCUGUAUUUGUUUAUGUUCUUUAUGGUUCAACAGUAGAGUGAGUGCAUGUUAAACAUGCAGGUGAGCUAUUACUGGUUACUUUGUUUAUCUUGUCUUCCUGGAUUUGCCUGUCUCCAUUCGGAGUGACAUUCAAGGACAUUUUCACAUUUAAUUUGUAUUGGUAGCUGUUUUUUAAAUGUAAUAGCGUUGGUGACAUAUAUAUAUAUAUAUAUAUAUAUAUAUAUUAACUAGGGAGCUGUGUGAUUUAAAAAAAAAAAAUAUAUUUCCUGGAAGUGUUCAUGUCAACAUGUCUGUCCUCUAAUAAGAUUACAGCUGUGAUUAAUGUUUGUGUCAAGUUAUCCGGUCACACAUGCCAUUCUCCACUUCCACCAGAUGGUUAUUAAUGAGACCUCACUUCAACCGGUAGCACUCGGUACAAGAUGUAUUAUAAGAAGUUGAAGCUUAACCUAAUACACUAUUUUCACUUUUUGUGAUAACAACUUUGAUUAUCUUUUGCAGGAAGGGUUUGAUAAUAUCAUGUAACAUUUAUAUUAUUCUGAAAUGGACCAAUCUGCAAUAAUAAGUACUUUUGGAACUUUUAGUAUAUUUUUAUGCUAAUACUUUGUACUUUUACUUCAGUAACAUUUUGAAUACAGGACUUUAACUUGUACCAGAGUAUUCCUACUCUCUGGUCUACUUUUAUUUAAGUACAAGAUAUACCAACCUCUGCAAGUUGGCAUGUCAUUUUUUAAAAUUUGUUUUGCAGUGUUAAAUAGCAAUAAAUUGUCUCUGAUUGAUUGCACAAAUACA